CCCGUUGUAAGGAGAAGGACGAGGAGGUGGAAGAGGAGGAGUGGAGGAGGGUGGAUGAAGGGUGGUGGAGGAGGAGGAGGAAUAAGGGUCGGAGGAACACGAGUAAAAUUGAGGAGCGACGAUAGUCGAGGGAAGCGGGGUUUACAGGAUAUUUUUCAAGUCCGUUAUUCCUUUACCAGCACGACUCCCCAUUGUGAGCGAGCCCUGUUGACUGCUGCAGGAUAAACAAAAAAAACCCCAAUCGGAUUGCUGCAGUUUUGUACGCAACACGCACACACAAACAACAUUAGUUUGUAUUUAAAAAAAGGCGUCGUCGUGUUGCCGAAUGAAAUAUAGACCCCUCGGCGCUCGGGCGAAAGAGGUCGCGUUAAACCUGCGACCGAAUUGAACGAAUAGCAACGUUCGCCUGCGAGGCUCGGCGUUGACACCGCGAAAGCCGACGUCUUCGACGACAACAACAACAAACAUUAGCGCCGAUUCACAAAUCGGCCUCGUGUGUCCAAGGCCGAUUGGUCGCUCGCUCGUUUAUUGACAAAAACUCGAGGGCGAUUUGCCUCAAGAUGGUCGUGCAAAACAAAGCCAUCGACAUGGACGACUUCGGGCGCUCCUUCAAGCAUGGCCUCUCCAUGUCCAACGAUUCGGGGUUCCACUUCAGCUUCGACGUGGCGCGGGGGGCCGGGAGCCAACUCUCCGCCACGGAGCUGGACGCCGACGACUUCUCGGACUUCUCCACGGAGAGCUGCCGGCGGCCUGAUAUCCCGUGCAGCCAGCCCAUCGACAUCAUCGACCCGAAAAAACGAGGGAAAAAGAACAAGAAAAAGAGAACCCGUGCGACCGACAGCUUCUCGGGGAGAUUCGGAGACCUGUACCGGCUCACGGGGGAGCUGCUCGGGGAGGGAGCGUACGCACGCGUGCAGACUUGCUGCAGCCUCAUCAACAACAAAGAGUAUGCGGUCAAGGUCAUCGAGAAGACUGCAGGGCACAGCCGCAAUAGGGUGUUUAAGGAAGUGGAGAUUUUGUACCAGUGCCAAGGCAAUGACAACAUUCUGCAGUUGAUUGAAUUUUUCGAGGAGGACGACCGCUUCUACCUGGUGUUUGAAAAGAUGAGAGGAGGAACUGUUUUGGCCCAAAUCCAGCGCAGAGGACACUUCAGCGAGCAGGAGGCAAGCGAGGUGGUGCGCGACAUCGCCACCGCCCUCCACUUCCUGCACCAGAAGGGAAUUGCACACCGUGACCUCAAACCGGAGAACAUUCUGUGCGAAAAUCCCCACCAGGUUUCGCCCGUGAAGAUUUGUGACUUUGACCUGGGGAGCAGCAUGAAGCUGAGCAGUGCCUGUUCGCCUGUCACCACCCCCGAGCUGCUCACCCCGUGUGGCUCUGCAGAAUUCAUGGCCCCCGAGGUGGUGGAGGCGUUCAGCGAGGAAGCCUCCAUCUACGACAAGCGCUGCGACCUGUGGAGCCUCGGGGUCAUCCUCUACAUAAUGCUCAGCGGGUCGCCGCCCUUCGUUGGGAAUUGCGGCAGUGACUGCGGCUGGGAGCGCGGGGAGGCGUGCCACGCCUGCCAGACGAUGCUGUUUGAGCGCAUCCAGGCCGGGCACUACUGCUUCCCAGAGAAGGACUGGAAGAACGUCUCGGCUGCCGCGAAGCACCUCAUCUCAAACCUGCUGCUGCCCGACGCCAAGGCCCGGCUCAGCGCCGUGCAGGUGCUGCGGCACCCGUGGGUAGCUGGGGACGCCCCUCGCCAGACGCUGUCCACCCCGCAGCUUCUACUCAGGAACGCCAGCGCCAAGGACCUCACUCGGUUCACCGCCGACGCCGUCGCCCUGACACGGCGGCUGGACCAGCGCGGCGGCGGGGAGGAGGAGGAAGAGGAGGAAGAGGAGGACGACGGGUGGGAGGGGGUGGUGGGCGCCUGUUUCCCCGGCAGCCCCAGAUCCCGGCCACCGUUGUCACGGCCGCCGUCCACGCGGCCGUUCUGCCCCUUCAGCCUCUCCCCCCCGUCCAAGUCGCGGCUGGCAAAGCGCCGGGCGUCCAUGCGGGGGGGGCAGCAGCAGCAGCAGCAGCACGACGCGGCGCUGGGCCUGGUCGGGGGAGCCUCUUAGCACGGCGGCUUCUCCCGGGUCUGGCACGGCACGGCGUCGUGGCCAUCAAAUCCUAGCCCCCCAACCUUCCACUCCCGCAGUUUGCGUUUUGAAUUCACGAAUUUAUUGUGGCACUGACUCCCCUUGGUCUAGCACUUCUUUGGGUUUGUGCCUUUUGUUUGAUUGGGGUCUGCACACGGAAGUUUCCACUUCCCCCGGAGUUUCGUCUCGUUAUCCGGCACUGCGCUCAGAGCUUUAAUACCACCCCCUACCCUUCCCACCAUCGUGAUCGCAGCGCUCUGGCGGAGCAGAGGGGGGAGAUGGGUUGGGUCGGAGCCUCCCAACCCAGUGCCAGCGGUGAUUCUCGUUUAGUGCAGAGCGAGGCCACCGGACGUGGCGGCGUAAGGGGAGCUUGGCUUUCAAGUUCCGGGCCUAGGGACCCUCGUAAGGAAAAAUAAAAUUGUGCCAAGAUGCCACUGGGGGCAAACUGACAGGUGGAGGUGCGACGAGGCGGCUCGGUGCGGAAAUAGUCGCUCGUUAUUGUCAAAACGGAAACUUUGUCUUUGAUUUAAGGAAGAAGGAAAAGCAUGGCAGAGGCGUUUGUACAGGUAAAAGAGGCGUUGCGUGGUAAUUAUAUAUAAUUAUAUUUCGGGUAAACCUAACGAUGACGGAGCCGGUCGAGGUUUGAGCUGCUCACCGUUUGUGUGUUUUCCCCUGGGGCCUCUGAGGCCUGGCUCCAGUGCCGCGCUGUGGUCAACAGCGUAGAGGUGCUCGCUCCAUUAAUACAAAGCCAGCUGUUGACCAUUUGUGGUGGUGUUUUCUUGGCCGUGGUGUGAUCGCCCUCGCCCGUGGCUCCUUGAGUCCUCCUCCCCCAGUACCUCGACGCUGGGGUCACGCUGGGUUCGUUUUUGUUGUCAAAAACCAUUAUUAUUUUCAUAAUUUGUGUGUUUUUUAUAUAUAGCAGUCCAAACAAAGUAUGGCUAUAAAUUUAAGUGUUAUAAUUUUCUAUAUUUUAUUUUACGAGCUCUCCGGAUGUUCUAAAGUUUGAUUUGCUCACGCGCAGAGACGCAACGUAACCGUGAGCACCGAGAGCGGAGGAGAAUGGUGGCAUUAUUGUCAUCGUUAUCGCGCUUCGCUGGCGGCGCGUGGGUUGGGCCGGAGGACGCGCUCAUCCCCCUUGUUCGGGCUUGCGCUCCGGGUGGUGACAUUCCUAUGCAAUGGCGCGCCGCGCGACCAGCACGCGGGGCGUGCGGGCCGCGCGGUGCCCUCGCCGCGAGCCGAGGGGGGGGGGGGGGGGGGGCACCGGGCGCGGCGGUGCCCCCGCUCGGCUCGGCGAUGGAGCCGAGUGGCGCCGUGGCAGGCUCCCACGAGCACCGCGCUCCGCGUCUCGGUCGCGGCCGCCGUGGAGAUUGUCGCGUGCGGCGACGACGCCGCCGGCCCCGCCGCGGGGCUUUCCAGGUGGCCAAAUUUUUUUUUUAUUUUUUUUUACGGCGGUUCAGCAAACCCGCUUGCUGUGUACCGCCGCCGUUGCAGCAAUUGGCCUGCCGUUCGGUCUGCGGACUUUUUGCACGCUUAUCCUGCAGGUGUGCAAGUUAGGUUUCCUGCGGUAUAAAUCCCACGUGCGCGCAAACGCUCGUUAAAAAGUAAUCGGCCGCGCAUCGCGAGGCAAGACCCUCCGGAAAGCGAGUCAUUGGCGAGGCUUUCCCAGACAAACAUUAAAGGGGUCUACGAAAUGACGCGGACAAUUUGUAUCGCUUCCUGCCGACACGUAAAGCUGUGCUGCCAUUGACGUGGCUGGUGUGACUUCUUAGCUGGACGAUUGCUUUGCCUGCGAGCUGGUGAUUUUUGUUGCCGCGGGCCUCGGGCUGGUUCUGUGGCUGUCUCGGCAGCGGGUGACCUCGUGAUGUCGAGACACUGAGACUUGGCGGGGAUGAUGAUUCUGGUGAGCCAGUCUCUACCCGACUCGCCCGUGUGCGUGAAAUGUGUUUGUGAAAUGUGUGGGCAGUGAUGAGGCAAUGCUGCUCGCGCUGAGCUAUGGCACGGUAAACCUGGGUUCGAUUCCUGGCCACGCACAACAUCGGCAGUGAACCAGUCCGUACCCUCCCCUAGUUCAAGUAUCUGUUGUGGUGUGUGAACAUGAGCACUGGGGAUACAAAGGUGGCCAGAAGUUGUUCUGGCCACCCUGUCAAGUGACGUUGCCGGCCUUAGUAGGUGCUCGCUAACAUCACUUGCCCAAGAGUCAAUAAGACUAAAUAGACUACAGCGUGUGUGUACGUGACUAGUUCAGAACUGUAUGGAAUGCUGCUGUGGUCGGUUCCACGGCAAUGGAGUCUCAUUGCUGCACAGAACCCGACCCACACUCGGGCGUGGAUAUCCGGCCAGGUGGUAGCUCUGGUGGCAGAGUGAGCAGCGCGCUCUCUCGGAAGGUCGCUGCGAGUUCACAUCCUGGUUGGAGAGAUUGACUCGGCCCAUCGCCAUUGUGUGGGGAAGAUGACUGGUGGGUGCCCUUAAGGAUAAAUUUGCCCCCCUCCCCUUGCUAUAGGAACGUGGAAUUUCCACUCCUGGCUGAGAGCUGUGACGAGAGAAGCACCCGGCCUUCAAUGCUCAAGUUCAGCAGGAGAUCACUUUGGCUUUUGACAAACAUUGGGAGCCAAGCUGCUUUCAGUGCUCCCGGUAACGCGUGGGGAGCAUCCUCAAGCCUGCAUGGUGCUUGCAAAGCUCCGUUACUCGUGAAUCGACACUCGCGUUCAACCUCGCGCGGUUACCGCCUCUGCUGCGAUUUAAACUGGGUUCAAGCAUUUUGAGUUGAAGGUAUCUGCCUGAUCACGAAUAACUUGAGCAAAUUCCCAUCGCUUAAUUUUCGUUGCCAAUUUUAAUCCCCGUGAAGAUUUCGGCGCUUGAGGCAUAACUGUUGAUUUGGCAUGCGACAGACACUCCGUGUGUGAGGCAAUUUAAGCGACUUCGAAAGUAGCUCUUUGAUAUCCACUUCUGUGGAGCUGUUGUGAUACAGGGCGAGGGUUACUCUGCUGCCUUCGAGACUCCCCGCCCCCCCCCCCCCCGAAAUGGGAGUGGAGAGACGGGGGGGGGGGGGUGGGGGGUCUUGCGCGAUGAUGCCGGCAGUGGUGCCAACCUAAAGAAGCUAAAGUGUGGGGGUGCCGACUUGUACAACACAGCGUGGAUUUUUUUUGCAUAGCGUCUACUUGCAAAUCGCCCCCCCCCCCAUCUUGUCAAGACGCCGUACAGAAACAAGUGCGCGUAGAGAGGUGUCGAGCGAGGUGCAGGAUGAGUCUACAGAAUUUAUAUAGCUGGGUGGUGGGGGUGCAGAAAAGCACCCAACUAUACUUCCCACGGUGGUUGAGGGAGAGACGGGGGAGGGUGGCGUCGAGGCCUCCGCCCGAGUGCGGCCCUCGCACGCUCUCCGUGCCCCGCGGGGCCAGGCCAGGCGAAACUAAUGCAAGCUGAAGUCGUCGUCACGAGCUCUUCGUGACUCCGUGGUGCCGUACGACGGCUGUGACGUUUCUGACUGGCGGGUUUUGAAUGAACUUUUUUUUAGUUUUCUUACAAACUAUUCCCCCCCCCCCCCCCCCCAACAAAAAAAAGGAGUGGGCGAGGAAGGUAAAAAAAAAAACUUAAUUGAGCAUCUGAGAGUGAAACGGAGAGAACGUGGGAAAUUGGGACGGGCGGGGGGAGUCCGGUUGGGGCGAGCUCGCGGGUCUGCUUGGCUAGCGUGUGAUCAGGGGUAGGGUUGGGGUCCUUUCGGCUCUUGGCUAGUAGUUUUAGGUUCGGAUUAGUUAGCUCGUGUGGUUGGUAUUAGGGGUAGGGCUGUAGGGGUCUGGGUUGGCUAGUUAGGUUUAAGAGUAGAGGUAGGGUUGUAGUUUCAGUGGCUAGCAUGAUUAGUAAGGGGUAGCGAGUGGUAAUGCCUGGGUGGUUAAUUUGGUUCGAGUCUGGGGGGUGUAGAUAUAUGGUCUGGUUAGCCAGUGUGGUUCGUGUUAGGGUGAGUACUCGCCCCCUCGUUGACCCAGGGUGUUCCACCCCUAACAACCGGGGCCCCCUUCACCGUUCCCAAGUUGCCUCUCCCUCGUGGUGUUGUUGUUGGUGAGAGUUGUACCGGACCGGCAUCGUCGCCUCGACUCUCGCUGGCUUGUGUUUGGAGGGGAGCGUUUAUUUGGUGCCGGAUCCCCCCCCCCCCCCGCCUAGCCUUCUCGGAAAUUCAAUUUUCUUUUGUUAAAUUCACGUUUAAUUUUCCCCCCUCCCUCCCCCGUCUUCGCUCCAACGACAAAGUUCUAAGGACGUGGGGGAGAGAGAGAGAGCGAGAGCGAGGGGCGGGGGGGAGUAUGAAGCACGAGAAGCGAGGCAGAGCGGUCAACACGCAGACGCGUCGCUGGGUGGUGUUUACAGAGGUUGUAUGUGGCGGCUCUGCGGGGGUCCGCUUCACCGUGACUGACAGCCGCGCCAAUCCGCCGUUUGUGUUGUUUAACGAGCACUUUACUGACUUUUAUACAAUAAACAUUUUAUACAAAAGCCA